CUACCACAAUUUCUGGUCCUAAGAUGCUUGUGAGAAAUAUAACCACAAUGAGUGGAUUCCUCCUAAUGGGGUUCUCUGACAACCAUGAGGUACAGAUCUUGCAUGCUUUGCUCUUCUUGGUGACAUAUCUAUUGGGAUCAGCAGGUAACUUCAUCAUUAUCACCAUCACCACACUGGACCGGCAGCUCCAGUCUCCAAUGUAUUACUUCCUGAAGCACCUUUCCCUUCUGGACCUCUCAUCCCUUUCUGUCACAGUUCCCCAGUAUAUUGAGAAUUCCCUGGCAGGCAGUGGAUACAUUUCAUAUAGCCAGUGCAUGCUGCAGGUUUUUUUCUUCACAGAUUUUGCCUGGGGUGAAUUGGCCAUUCUCACAGUGAUGUCGUAUGAUCGUUAUGUGGCCAUUUGCUUUCCACUGCACUAUGAGGUCAUCAUGUGUCCCAGAAAGUGUAGGUUGGCUGUGACAGUUGUAUGGCUAAGCAGUGGUAUCCCAGGAACCUUGUAUAUAGCAACCAUAUCCUCUAUCAGGUUCUGCGGGCCCAAAAUAAUCCACCAGUUCUUCUGUGAUGUCCCCCAGUUGCUCAAGCUCUCCUGCUCUAAUGAUUACCUUGGAGUGAUGGGAGUGGCUGGUUUCCUGUCUGCAAUGGCCUUUGCCUGCUUCAUUGGGAUUGUCCUCUCCUAUGUCCACAUAUUCUCCACAGUUCUCAGGAUGCCCUCUGCUGAAGGCCGGUCUAAGGUCUUCUCUACCUGCCUGCCCCACCUUUUUGUUGUCUCAUUGUUUCUUUCCACAGGCUCCUAUGCAUAUCUAAACUCAACUUCCGAGUCUCCAACUGCUUUAGAUUUCUUGUUCUCUAUCUUUUACACAGUACUGUCUCCAACACUCAACCCUGUUAUCUACAGUCUGAGAAAUGAGACCAUAAGGAGUGGUAUAAGGAAGUUACUGUUGAAUACAAAGUUCAGUGGUUAGAAUCAUUUUUGUCCUGUUGUUACUAACUGUUCA